GAUGGCAGGCCAAGUUAAGGUGCAGUGGCAGCAGAAGCCUGCCCCUCAGAAAUGUCUAGAUCCCCCAAAGACCUAUGAAGAAUUCUUAAAGUCUCAAAACUGGGACUACUGGCCCAGGGAUAUUCACUUCAGAGACAAUGAUAUCUGGGAAGAUGCGCUGAGGAAGCUGGAAGAGGACACCUCAUUUAACUCCAUCUACUCCUCCCUGUGGAGCAGUGUGCCCCGGACCUUUGAGGCCGUCAGCACCGUGGAGUUCAGACUAAGAGAGUGCUCAUGGCUUCUGCAGCAGCACUCCUCCACUUUAUUCCAAUGCAGUGCAAUGAUUUCCAAGAAAAGUUCACAUAUAAAUCUGGAAAAAUACAAGGCCUUCUUAAAAGAACACUGUAGGCAGAGGAAGAUAAUGCUUUCUGAUGAAAUGGAGACAGAGAAGAAUAUAGAGGGUUGCGACUUCUCAGGAUUCAAAGAAAAUGAACUAACGCAAUUACCCAGACAUUUGGAUGCUAAACAAAUUUAUCUUUUUAUUUUAAGAAACAAUAACUUUGAGGAAAAGAUAUUUAAAGUCUGGAAAACCUAUUUUCUCUCAGACUGCUCCAUUGCUCUCUUGCAUGACUCUUUUUGGUGGUGGUUUCUCCAUAAAUUCAAGCCUGACAGAAGAGAUCAAGAUUCCUUGUUUGACAGAAUCUCAGAAAGUUAUGUAACACUUUUCAUGAGAAUACCUCAUAGGAAAAAGGAUGCAUUCUUUCAGGUGUAUCCCAAUUGUUUGGCACAGGCUAUAUAUGCAGCAUUCCAGGAAUCAUUCCCAGAAUCCAGUGACCUCUUCAAUAGUGAGUUUAAAGAAGAGCUAGGAAACACGAUCUUUCUUUGGUUGUCAGGUCUAAAGCCUCAGACUGGCUUUUGGACCCGCUGGAGGCUAACAGAGCUCUGCACGACCACCAUUCAUGGCAGCAAGCGAGCACCCCUGAAAUCGGUGAAAAAGAGGAUCGUUUCCAGCCAGGAGCGCAUAGCAGCCAGUAGUGAUUAUUACAGGGACCCACAACCAGUCAACAUGCAGAGAACAAGGAACUGCGGCUUGCUCCGCUCUAAAUGA